AUCAUUUCAGAUUUAAGGUAAUUAGUUUUUUUAGAAAAACAUUACCGAACAUGAAAAAAAAAUCGAAACUAAACAAAAAUAAAAGAGAAGAGUGAAUACUCCGCCGCGACUCUCCUCCUUGGCCGCUGCCGCUCUGCUUCCGUGCUUCGCACCUUCGGACAGUUGAUUGAUAAUUUACUGCGUUGUAAAAAAAAUGCCUAAAAAGAAGCCCGUAAAGGUAUCCACUGCUUCAAAUGAUAAAUCCAAUGCUGCACAAGAAAAACCAUCUAAUAGUUCAAAAAAGGCCGUAAAGGUAUCCACUGCUUCAAAUGAUAAAUCCAAUGCUGCACGAGAAAAACCAUCUACGAGUUCAAAAAAGGCCGAUGAAAUUGAUGAUAUCUUUGCUAGCCUAAAGAGGAAGAAGUCUGAGCAAGAAAAGGCAGAAAAAAGUAGCAACAAAAAUGAAAAGCCACUGAAGAUAAAGAAAAAGCUGAAGCGUAGCCUAAAAGAAAACGAAGCUUUGAACCCUGAUUCGAAGCCUAGAAGGAGAACAAACGACGGCCUUGUUAUCUACUCAGAAGAAGAACUGAAGGUUAAUAGUCAAGAAGGUGGUAACACUGGACUUUGCCCUUUUGAUUGUUCUUGUUGCUUUUAAGAUGGUGAUUUUGGAAACUUUGAUUUAUGAUUCUACUUUUCAACCAUGGCAAUGUAAUCUAGUUUUUUAUUUUUUUGCUUGUACAAGCGAUUUUGAUCAUGGGAUUAUUUGGCAUUUUACCUGGUUUUAGUUAUUGAUUCAAAAUGCUAGUUUAGGUGACA